UUUAAGGGCAAGAGGGACAAUUAAAAGAGAGAGAAUUGCUCAUUCAAGAAUUUUAAUCCUGUCACCCCUGAAGCCCGCGACCCUUUGCAGCCCCCAGCCCAUUCAGCAGCCUCCUUCCGUGCCCUUGGGACCGAGAGAAGCUCCAGCAAGCCUGGGCUCCGUCUUGAUGAAACCAGGCGCGGGCCCUCCUUGGCCUCGGCGGAGGCUGCAGCCGGUUUAGGGUUUCAGCUCCUCCUCCAGGUCCCGGCCUGCCGACUCUGCCCCGGGAACCCUCCAAAAUGGAGCCUCUCGCAGGGAAUCCAUUAAAAUGCUCCAUCCCCAAGGCCAGGGUGAUUGCCGUUCUGUUGUCGAUGGUCCUGUGCUCAGUAACCUUGUUCCUGCUGCAGCUGAGAUACCUAAAGCCUAAAAUCAAAGACUUUUAUUCUUUUGAAGUGAAGGACUCGAGAGGAAGAACCGUUUCUUUGGAAAAGUACAGGGGCAAAGCAUCACUGAUUGUAAACGUGGCCAGUAACUGCCAGCACACAGACAGAAAUUACUUAGCGCUGCAGGAACUGCACAGAGAGUUUGGAUCCUUCCACUUCAACGUCUUGGCUUUCCCGUGCAAUCAGUUUGGAGAAUCUGAGCCCCGCCCCAGUCACGAAAUAGAAGCUUUUGUCAAAUCAAACUAUGGAGUAACCUUCCCCAUUUUCCACAAGAUUAAGAUUCUAGGAUCUGAAGGAGAACCUGCAUUUAGAUUCCUUAUUGAUUCAUCAAAGAAGGAGCCAAGGUGGAAUUUUUGGAAAUAUCUUGUCAAUCCUGAGGGUAAAGUUGUGAAAUUCUGGAGACCUGAGGAAUCCUUGGAGGCCAUCAGACCAGACGUGGCAGCUUUGGUUAGACAAAUCAUCAUUAAAAAGAAAGAAGACCUUUGAAAAUGUCCUUAAGCAUGUGAAUCUAAUGCAGCAAUGAGAGUAUCAAAAUGUCUAAAUGUCUAAAAAUCAUUCCAACAGUUCUGGAAUCCAACUAAAUGUAGUCCAAAAGGA